AUGGACUCUCAACUCAUCCCGUUAUCCGAUUUCAGACUACCAGACCACCCAAACGCUACAUUAACUCUCAAUGGCUCCCCUCUCAGCAUCACCGAUCCAUCCAGUCUCACCCCCGAGACCACUAGCGAAAGCAUUACCCCAGCAAUCGGCCUAGCAACAGUCUUGUACAAAUGGCAUCCAAACGCACUCGCAGCCUUUCUAGAUCUAGAUGCCUGGUUCUCCUUGACAUGGACACUAAGCAUCGCCGAAGGCACACCCGAAGGAUCGAAAAUCGAAAUCGGGCGCAUAGGCAACCAAAUCACUUUCGGGAGUCUGGAUAGCAGCGGUGAUAACUGGACAUUGAUGCUUACCUACAACAUCGUUUUAGAGGGCGAAGAGAGAGGGAAGUGGACACCUAAUCCCAAAGAGAGUAUGUUGGGCGAGAAAGACGUCACGGAUCCAGACGAGAUUGAAAAGUUGGGCAGAGAGUUUGCGGAGAAGAUUGUGAGGGAAAAGAGGUGGGAAACGGGGAAGAAGAUGAAGCAUAGAUUCUUUGUGGAUAUGAGUAUGGAGGAUAGGGGGCAGGCGAUUAAGUUGUCGGAGAAGGGUGGGCUGAUCAGGUGGGAUGUGGAGAAGACGUAUGCGAAGGAGGAGGGGGAGAUGGGUGUCAAUCCGAAUUUUGAGACACCGCAGGUGAAGCGGAAGAUGACGCAGACUACCGAAAGUAGUGAGAAGAGCAGAUGA